UACCAAAAUAACGAACAUGUUUUAAGCUUCAAUUGUCGCAGACUUUCAAACUUUCGAUAAAAAAGCGCCACAACUAUCGGUCUAUCGUUCUGGACCACAAAAAGCAAGUCCCAUCUCUGCGGUUUGGACGUAAACAACUGCGUAUGACUUAGUAAAAUUUAAACAAAUUCGAUUAAAACUACAUUAUUGGGGCACCAAAACCAAGCAAAACCGACCGACAGAGAUCAGAGACCAAUCUCCACCAGCAAUGGACGUGGAGGAGGGUUGCGGGGCCAGCGAAGAGGCGUCCGCCUGCAAGCGCCAGCGGAGGAACACAGAUUCCCGGGACGACGGACAGCUGGGAGACGCGGCGCAGGUUGGCGAGGAGAAAACUGUCACCCCAAACCUGUCCGUAAUUAACAGCACAAUCACAAGCAACAACAAUAACGAAGAGGGCGACAUGUUGGGCGUAAAACAAUCGCUGAAGCAGGAUGAAAAGAUAUCGGAGGUAAUGGAAGCUGAUCAGGCUCAGCAGGAAAAGGCAUUUCCUGAAGAGGCGCAGUCGGAGGACAAUCAACAGACGGAACAGAUUGAGAACCCGAAGCUAAAAGAGGAGCAGCCGGAGAAGGAGCCCCUUGAGGGCCAGCUGGAUGAGGAGCAGGCCGGCUCCUCCUAUCGGGAGUGUCAAUUAUCGCCACAUGCCGCCAGUGCUGUACUGGCCAACAAUAAGCCAAAGUUAAGCAGUGGUACAACCCCCAUCGAUAGUGAUGACGAUCCACCUACUUCUCCGCGGACAGGAGACGCCUCUCCAUCAGUCACUUCGCCCAGGUUCAACCACCGCAACAUCCCGGCCACACGCUCCUAUCGUCGCAUCAGCGUAGAGCUGGUGGGCACUAUAACCGACUCGGAUAGUAGCUAUUCACUCGAGCCCGAUGUGCAGGAUGAAACAGAAGAGGCAGAAGUGGAUAGCGAUGCACAGCCUGCGGCAGAUGCGGCCGAUGAGCCAGUUAUCAUCGAAGAUUUGUCCUCGGACAGUUCUUCUAGCGAAGAAGUUGUGCACAGAUAUGACCUUUCUAGUGAAAUUGACUCCAGCUCAGAGACUUUUCAGGGAGACUUGUCCCCCGAUCCAGAGGCCAGUGCCGCCGACCGCGAGAAAGUGGACUUUGCGGUGGAUGAAGUGAUGUGCAAGUACAAACCGAAGUACACGUGGAACUGCGCCCAGGAGCUUAUGCACCGUGAGCACAACAUCAUUAACCGAAUUGGUUGGCGCGGUGGCCACACCUCGACUCAGAGCUUUGGCCAAGGAUACUACGGCUCGCGCCAGGUUGUGGAGCAGUUGACGCAGCUGAGUUCGCUGAACAAGCACAACGGCUGCGUCAACUGCCUAAACUUCAACCGAGCUGGCGACCUGGUAUGCUCUGGGUCCGACGAUCUCCACAUCAUCGUCUGGGACUGGGCUAACGACACACCGGUGUACAGAUUUCGCUCCGGGCACACCAUGAACAUCUUCCAGACCAAGUUUAUUGACAGCGCCGGCUGUUUGGACAUCGUGUCCGCCAGCAGGGAUGGUCAGGUACGCCGGGCAGUCAUUCCGCCCUCCGGCGGAGCCAUAAAGCCCGUGCGCCUCUACUCUCACAGCGAUUCCGUGCACAAGAUCGUGUUGGUGCCGCAGAGUCGUCACGAGGUGAUGAGUGCCGGCGAGGAUGCGUCCGUCAAGCACUUUGACCUGCGCACCAGCAACUCGGCCAGCGUGAUUUUGCGCAACAUCUGCCAUGACGGAAACGAGAGGCGCCGGGUGCGUCUGUUCAGCAUCGCCCAUCAUCCGUACGCGCCUGAGUUCUGCGUCAGCGGAUCCGAUGACAAACUCCGGGUCUACGACAAACGCAGUGCCACGAAGCCUAUCCUCGAGAUGUCCCCGACCAUUCUGAAGGAAAACAAAAUAACGCAGAUCACCUGUGCCGUGUACAACCAUAGUGGAAGUGAGAUCUUGGCCUCGUACAGCGAUGCGGGUAUCUAUCUGUUCGACAGUCGCAAUAACAAGGACGGCGAGUAUCUGCACUGCUACGAGGGACACAUCAAUAGCCGCACCAUCAAGGGCGUGAACUUCUUUGGCCCCAGAUCCGAGUACAUAGUGAGCGGUAGCGACUGCGGAAACAUAUUCUUCUGGGACAGGAACACAGAGGCAAUCAUCAACUACAUGAAGGGCGACCAUGCCGGAGUGGUCAACUGCCUGGAGCCGCACCCCUGGAUGCCGGUGCUGGCCACCUCAGGUUUAGAGCAUGACGUCAAGAUCUGGACGCCAAAUGGCCCUAAUAAGAGCGACCUUGACGAGGCCACACUGAAGCACACGCUGCAGCGCAAUUUCCGGCGCAACAUCGUUGACAGAGGCGACUUUGACGGCAACCAGUUCCAGUACUUUAUCCGUCAGUUUCUGGAGCCCAGCCGCAGACCGCGAUUGCGACGUCCUUCGAAUCCCAAUAGCCCCAGGUCCUUGCUUCGCCAGGAUGGGCCACAUUGGGAGAACAGCUCGAGCACGAGCAACGAUUCCAGUCCCUCAAAUCCGGCUUCCCAGCGUCGCAGCAGCAACAGCUCCGACGACGCCAAUGGCGAGGGAGCCGCUGCUGCCGCCGCGCUGGACACGUUGCACUGCCGCACGCAGUGACGCGCAGUAUCGUCGCUGGCGUGGAUGAGCUUCGAAAGCCCUCCCCGACUUUUGAUACCGUGGAUUUGUUGCAAAGCGUUUCAGAAGCUGUGAAUUUGUAACCGUAACACAUAAGUGCGCAUAUUUUUAUUUUAAACAAGGUUUAAUAAAUGCUCAUUGAGAAAGGA